AUGCUGGUCUCAAGGGUGUAGCUCAGACACUGCAGUAGAAGGUAGGGCUUGGCUGCUGCACUAUACGAUGCGCUGAAAGAUGGUGCACCAAGAGAAAUGUGUUUACCAGGCCCAGAGGAACGAGAGGGAGUCCAUUAGGCAGAAGCUGGCCCUUGGCAGUUUCUAUGACGACGGACCGGUUACCUUUACUGGCUGCAGCAAGAGCAGCAAAAACUGUCCAUCCUCCCGGUUUCAGAAUGGGGUGAAUCUACAGAUGUGUUUUGUGAAUGACAGCAGCAGUGACAGAGACAGCGAUGCCGAGGACAGCAGAACAGAAACCAGCCUGGACACCCCAUUGUCACCUAUGAGUAAACAGAGUUCAUCUCUGUCUGACCGGGACACAGGAGAGGAAGACCUGGACUCGGAGGAUUCUGAGUUCUGGCGGCUACAGCGGCGGCUGCAAGAGGAGGCACGUGUGGCUCUGGCUCUGGCCCGUCCCAUGGCCCGCAUGCAGGUGGAGGUGGAGAGACAGAUUCAGCUACACCGCAGGUCCCCCGUGGCAGACCUGUUACCACAUCUGCCACACAUCAGUGAGAGUCUAAUGAAGAGGAGUCUGAGGCCUGUGGACCUGAGGGACAUGAGUCUUGGUCAGUUACAGGUUAUCACCAAUGACCUGCACUCUCAGAUACAAGGUCUGAAUGAGGAGCUGGUUCAGCUGUUGCUGAUGAGAGAUGAACUACACAUGGAGCAGGAUGCCAUGCUGGUAGAUGUGGAGGAUCUGACCAGGCAUGCGCACAGCCAGCAAAGGCACAUGACGGAGAAGUCUCUGGCCAAAAGCAAAGCAGUUUGCCACGGUCGCUGUGAUUCUCCAUUUUGAGGCAAACAGCACAGGGUCCAACCACUUGUGUUUCACUAUAUUAUGAAGCAGUGUACUCGCUA